GCCGAGUGCUGCUCCGGACCGCCGCAAAACUCUUCGUCGGGCUCACAGAUGUGUCGCAAAAUACUCGCUCCCAGGACGUCACUCGAGGUCAACAUUGUUUGAUGUGGAAUACAACUUUGAGUCUCCAACAUGGGAAAGAAACGAACAAAGGGGAAAAAUGUACAGUCAGAUGACUUAACGGACAUAUCAGAACCUAUGUGCAAACACCUCCGCAAAGGCUUGGAUCAAGGCCACCUGAAAAAAGUCUUGCAGAAUGUAGACUGGGGCUCAUGCCAGGAUUGCCGCAUAUCUGACAAUGGUACAUCAGAGAAGUCUGAAGACGAAGCAGAAGACAGACCAUCAAUAUGGUUAUGUUUGAAAUGCGGCCACAGGGGCUGUGGCAGAAAUUCUCAAGAAAAACAUGCUUUAAAGCAUUAUGAAACCCCAAGAUCAGAACCUCACUGUUUAGUUCUUAAUGUGGAUAACUGGAGUGUAUGGUGCUACUUGUGUGAUAACGAGGUCCAGUACAGUAGUUCCAGUCGGCUGGGCCAACUUGUAGAUUAUGUUAGAAAGCAAGCUUGUACAAGCAUGCAAAAUAAAGUAGACUCUGCCAUUUCGGUGUCUAAAGAUGAAGAAACCAAACCAGUAGAAAACAAAAAAGUAAAAGAUCACAAAAAUGAGGAAGAGAAGGAGAAAAAGGAGCUUUUGCUCAAAGAGGAUAAGAUUCAUUUAAAUGGCCAUGCAGAAGUGACAGUAAAGGGUCUCAGCAAUCUUGGAAACACCUGUUUCUAUAACGCCGUUUUGCAGAACCUGUCACAGACCCCAGUUCUAAGAGAACUCUUGAAAGAGGUUAAAAUGGCUGACUAUAUCAUUACAAUUGAGCCUCCAGAAUUUUCAAUAACAGAACCUGUGGUAAUUACACUUGAUCAACCAAGACCUCUUACUUUAGCAAUGUGCGAUUUUCUGACAGACAUGCAAGAGACAAAAAAGGGAACUGUGACUCCUAAAGAGCUCUUCUCCCAGGUCUGUAAAAAAGCCAUACGGUUUAAAGGGUAUCAGCAACAGGACAGUCAGGAGCUGCUUCGUUACUUACUAGAUGGAAUGCGGACAGAAGAGGUUCAACGGAUCUGUGUUGGAAUCUUUAAGGCACUGAAUAAUUCAGCUGACAAAGAGAAUGAAGAGCUUAAAAAGAAGAUCAAAGAAUAUGAAAAGAGGAAGAUAACACAGACCUUUGUGGAUCGUAUUUUUGGAGGCGAACUGACAAGCACAAUUAUGUGUGAGGAGUGCCAAACUGUUUCAUUAGUGCAUGAGUCAUUCCUUGAUCUUUCACUCCCAGUUUUAAAUGAUCAGGGUGCUAAGAAAAAAACGGUUGAGAAAAGAGUUAAAAAGUUACAGGAAAAUGAGAUGGAAGAUGAUGCCGACAACAUUGAAAAUGACUCUUAUUUGAAGGAUCGGGAAGAGACUCCUGGGGCAAGUAAGCAUCUUCAGAAAAAGGCAAAGAAAAUGGCCAAAAAGCAAGCAAAGAACCAUCGUCGUCAGCAAAAAUUUCAGGAAAAGGUGAUUCCACUAACAGAAAACUGUGCCGUUGAAAAAAAUGAAGCUGACCAUAUUAGUAGCAAUGGAAUAGAAAAUGCUGGGAAUAACUCUGAGGUGGCUUCUCUGAAGCAAGAGGAAAAGUCAUUGAAUUCAUGUGAACAGUCUUGUGUGGAUCAAAGAGGCAAUAUAAAUGGGCAUGAUAUAACUAACACCCAUAAUAAUAAUAAUGUAAAUGCAGAGGAUUCUGGCCAACUGGCAAAUAACGAAGUCGGUAUGGACAUUCCCUCAAAAGACUUCGUUUCUGUUGUAGAGUGUGUCAAUAAAUUUGACCAUUUGUCUCUCAAAGAAGAUAGUACACUGCCAGUGGAUGAGGAUGAAGAUGAGAAUGAAGAUGAGGAUGAGGAUUGUACUGCCAAUGGCUUUCACAAACUGUCCUUGGAUGAAGAACCUGAAGAUGAUACUGAUAGCUUCAGUGAACUUCAUAAUUCAGAAACAAAAUUGUACCAAGUAGUGAAUGAAGACCCAGAAACAGCAUUUUGCACUCUUGCGAACAGGGAAGAAAUGAAUACUGAAGAAAGUUCAGUCCUUCAUUGUUUAUAUCAAUUCACCCAUAAUGAGAAACUUUGUGAGAACAAUAAGCUUCUCUGUGACGUAUGCACACAUAAGCAACUUUGUGGACCAAAGACUACUGGAAAAAAUGUCAAGAAACCUGUAUACACUAAUGCCAAAAAACAAAUGCUGAUUUCUCUUGCUCCUCCAAUUUUAACUCUUCAUUUAAAAAGAUUUCAACAGACUGGAUAUAAUCUCCAAAAAGUGAACAAACACAUAAAAUUUCCCGAAGUCAUAGAUUUGGCUCCUUUUUGCUCUAUUAAGUGUAAGAAUGUUGCAGAAGGGAGUUCAAGAGUCCUGUAUUCUUUAUAUGGAAUUGUUGAACACAGUGGUACAAUGAGAUCUGGCCACUACACUGCCUAUGUGAAGACAAGAGCUACUACCAACCAACUUUCUGAUCUCGUCCUGCAUGGCAAGAUUCAACAUACAGAUGCAGAGACUGAAUCAUCCAAAGGACAAUGGUAUCAUAUUAGUGACACCCGAGUACAAGCAGUUCCUGUAUCCAAAGUGCUGAAUGCACAAGCAUAUCUCCUGUUCUAUGAGCGACUACUAUAAAUUACCCAAGGAAUCCUAUUCUACAGCGGAUUGAUCAGAACUCAAGAGAAGUUGGGUUUCAAAAUAUAUAUAUAUAUUGAUUACAUCCAACCUACUGUAAUGUGUAUUUUGAACAUAUAUUUUUUUGUUUUAAAUAAAAAAUGCAUCUUUAAAACUCA